GAGAUGAUUCAUAUGAAAUGAAAGGUGAAGAGAAGGGCACACCCCCGUUUGUGACAACAAUCUUCUCUUGAUCGCUGUCGCCUUAUUAGGAUGUUUGGAUCUCUCCAACGGAGCUUGGACCGCUCUGACGGAACUUACUGUUCCUGCAAAAUCUUCCAAAUCUGCACAGAUGCUAUUCAACGCUAUCAUGCGUCAGAAACGAGGCGUUCACGCGACGAAAGCUGGGCCUCGCGGCUGCAGAGGUGGACGGUGCGCAAACCCAUCACUCGGAGUCGGAGGUUACGGAGCAGGUGGCAUGAAUGGAGGUGGAGGAUACGGGAAAGGUGGCGGAGGACUGGGAAAUGGAGGUGGAGGGUACGGGAGAGGUGGCGGUGGCUACGGAGGUGGAGGUGGAGGGUAUGGCGUAAACGGUGGUGCAAUUGGCGUCGGCGUUGGCGGAAAUGGAGGUUACAGAGGUGGAGGCAAUGGAGGGGGAGGUGGAUGCGGUUGCGCACCAAUGACAACUGCUUGCCCUCCAGGACCGCCUGGACCACCGGGGCUUCCUGGAUUGCGCGGUCUGGAUGGGAAGCCUGGAAAGCCUGGCAAACCCGGUCUAGCCGGCAUGGGCGGAAAUGGCUACGGCGGUGGUGGCGGCGGUUGCGCAGUAUGCCCGCCAGGACCUCCCGGACCACCGGGAGAGGAUGGUCCUCCGGGACCUCCGGGGCCACCCGGAAUGCCCGGUAUGGGAGGCGGGAACGGAGGAAUGGGACCACCAGGUCCGCCAGGACCACCUGGAGACCCCGGUCCACCCGGCCCUCCAGGGCCACCCGGACGAGAUGGACCACCCGGAGGGGGCGGAGCUGGAGGCGGUAUUCCAGUACCAGGACCUCCAGGCCCUCCAGGUCCACCGGGACCUAUGGGUCCUCCAGGACCGGAUGGUCAGGCUGGAGUGGGAGCUGCCGGGCCACCAGGACCUAUGGGUCCGCCCGGUCCGAUGGGACCGCCAGGACCCGACGGACCACCAGGACCCCCAGGAGAGCCGGGGGCUCAUGGUGGAGAUGCUGCCUACUGCCCUUGUCCUCCCCGCAACAGUCGUUUCCGAGGGGUCUCGAAGAGCAAGAAACUCGUCUCCAAAGCAGCUAGAACAAUGUCUGCGAUAGUGCGCAGAGUGACCAGAAUCUGAUCAAUCCGGAGCUGAGAUAGUUCAAUCUUCAUCUUGAUUGAGAAAACAAACAAACACACCACCAGCAUUUAUUCAAAUAUAAUAAAAAGCAAUACUAAUGUUUAAACUGUCUACAUUGAAGAGAAUGUAGUGAGACUCGGCGACAAUAACUUGAACAAGCCUCACUCAGCCAAUAAUUACGAUUGCUGUCUGUUCGAAAAUGACUCUGAAAAUGGCGUUUUUUCAGCAAAUCUGUUAUUCCACACUUUUUCAGACUUACAUUUUGAGACAUAAUAUUAAUUUGCGC